GCAGUUGCGAACGAGGCCAUGGCUGCUGCGCUGCAUUGCCGUGCGCGAGCUUCUGGGCAGGAUGGACCUGCGGAGCCGGUGGCGAGCUCUGGGAAGGUGAACCUCCAGAAGAUCACGGUGAAGGCCGCGUUGGAGGCCGCGAAGGAGAAACCCACGCAGCGCGUGAAGGAGCUGGGGACCAACAAGAUCAAGUUGCUGGCCAAGGCCGAUGGACUCGCGGAGAAGAAUCCUCAUCAGGCGCAGGCGACGGUGCAAGUGAAGGCCGACGCCGAGGGCAUGUUCGAGCGGGCGAGCAAGUACAUCAAGGACUCCCACAUUGCCAACCUCAGCGAGAUCAUCAGUGACCUGGAGCGGGCGACCACUACAUCUGAGGUGACGGAGCUCCGCCAGCGCAUGACUUCGCAGCAGAAGCUUCUCAACAAGGAUGACGUGGCCACGUUCUCGAACUAUUGCAGGACGUUCAAUCAGACAGCUGGAGCUCUUGGCAGACAGGAGACCGCCCACAACUGCGCGGGCAGCAUCUUCGAGUGCAAGGGCGGCUUGAGGCCUGCGCUGCUGACCAUCGCCGACUCCAACGCGUUCAAGCCGCUCGAGGAUGCCCCCAUCGUCAAGAAGGGUCUGAAGGCGGUGCAGACAUUGCUCAAGACUGGCACGUCGAGCGCGCUGCAGCCUCCUGAUGGCGGCAAGCUGAUCAUGAAGAGGCUCACCACGCAGAUCGCUGCCGUCGUGGGCAAGGACCUCCUCAGCCAGCGCAUGCCCCCGCGCGCCGACUGGGCGAACAAUGUUUUCAAGCGGGAGGUCAUUGGCGCGGGAAGCGUCGACUUGAAUGCCGACUGGAACGCCUUCGGCAUGAUGGCGACCUACGUCGUCUUCUCGGGCAACGUGGUCUUCUGUGGCUUCCCGACCGAGAAGAUCGACGGU